UUGUUAUUACUCAGUUAGUUGUCACCUUCAUGAUGGGUUCAACAAGUAGCGCUUUUUCCCAUUUGACGGAAGAUAUCCUGGAUGAGUAUUCUAUGCUGACUUACUUAAGCAAAACCGAAAUUUUGAACUUGUACAAGACUUUUACCAACUUAGGCAACGAAAAUUUACAAAAUUUCAACUACCGUUACUCCAUCCCACAAAUAGAAGAGGCAUUUCCGCAAUUAAAGUUUAAUCCUUUCAAAGAUAGGAUAUACAAAGUAUUUUCGUCACAAAAGGAUGACAGACUUUCCUUUGAGGAUAUUUUAGACUUGUGUUCUGUGAUGUCUCAGAAAUGUCCUGAUAAAGUAAAAGCGGCGUGGGCUUUCAGAGUUUUUGAUUUCGAUGAAGACAGCGCUGUUGGUGAGGAAGACUUAAUGAAGGUAAUUGACAGACUGACUGACUAUCAUAAAAGCGGCAACCGUAUCGAAGAGAACCACCAAAAGCACAUAAUACAAGUGUUACUUAAAGAAAUGGAUCUGGAAGCCAACGGCACCAUCGGUCAAUCAGAAUUUGAACAUGCCGUCGGGAAAAUGUCGGACUUUCCACAGUCGUUCCGUUUUAGAUUUUAAGUGCUAUACAUUCGACUUUUUUUUUGAUAAACAUAGUUAUACAUUACUUACGUUAACAAUAAAAUCAUCUUUUAUAUUGGA